AUGUACCGCAAAGUACCAUGCAGACAACAGUUGCUCUACCAUGGUAUUGUAGGAAUUAGCUACCACAACUGUGCUCCAUGUGGAGUUUUAAAGAAUGAUCACUCUCUCGGACCUGCCCUCUCAAAACACAAAUUUGAAGUCGAAUUUGUUUUCGAUUUCUUAAUGCACCCGACUUUCUUGACAUUUGCUCAUUUGCAUCAGCAAUUCCCUCCGUGCUCAAUCGUUGUAACUAACUUCCCGAUAGAUAUUACUAUAAUUAUUGGUUACACACCAAAUGCCAAAUGGGGCGCUCCUUUCCAAUUUGUUUUUGAUGAUGUGGCGUUUGUCCUCAUUCGCAUAGCAGAUCCAUCUGCCUUGCACAUCAGAAGACUUGAAUCUGAAUCUAAACCAGCUCUAGUUAUUUUCUAG